GAUUGUUAUCUGUCUGUUACAUGUGUACAUGUGAUUGGGACAGUCAAUUUGGCCUGUGAGAAUUGUUAGUUUUAUUAUUAUUAUUGUCCUGACCAAAGAAUUUUUUGGGCGUUAAAUUCUGGGGGUUUUUUUUGCGUCACCAAGGUGGUUUUUUUUGGCUGCUUUCGCUUCUGCGACAUUUAUUUGUCGCUUCAAAAUCUCAUCUCAGGAGUAAUCAAUCAUUACAACUAAGUCGUGAAUUAACAAAAUAAAUUAGGAUUAAUUAAUCUAUACAAUGAUGAUGAUGAUGUUGGAUCAUCAUUCCACUGAACAUCAUAAUGGUUUAGAUCCGAAAUCCGAUACAGAUAUUGGGAUUGUUAAUUCUAACAUAUUAUGUGAAUCUAGACGACCAAAUUCUAAUAUUCCUAAAGUAAAUGGAGAUUUCACACAUAAUACUUUUCAUUCUUCACCAACAUAUGUUUAUCCACUUGAUCGACAUUCCGCUCCAGCAUCCACAAAUAAAUCAAUUUCACGUCAAAUAACACCGAAUGAUUCAUGCCAUGAAAGUACUUUACGUUUGCAUGAAGAUCGUAAACUAUUCAUUGGUAUGUUAGGAAAGCAUCAAACCGAGAAAGAUAUUCAAAAUUUAUUUUCACCUUAUGGGCUCAUUGAAGAAUGUACAAUUUUACGUGAUCAAAAUGGUUUGAGUAAAGGUUGUGCUUUUGUAAAAUACUCCUCGAGUACAGAAGCGGCAAACGCUAUCGAUCAUAUGCAUAAUAGUCAAACAAUGCAAGGUGCUUCUUCUCCGUUGGUUGUAAAAUUUGCCGAUACAGAGAAAGAACGUCAAGUUCGCAGACAGCAUCAGCAGAGCACGACAAACGGUUCUUGUUCUCCGGCGUCAGGGCAUUCUACCAGUACAGGGAUGACUAAUGGUCACUUAGAUGGGUCUCAUACAUCAAUGCAACAAUAUAAUCAACAACAAUCUCUUCGAACUCCAAUUACGAAUAUCACAGAGGCGUCUAAUAUGGCGGUAGCAGCGGCCGCUGCAGCAGCCGCGGCUAAUGCAUUUCAACAAUCACUUGUUGCGUCUAAUGUUACACCAGGGUAUUUACAAUUCCCGCCCGGUUUAUUUCCUACCGCUUCAUCAAAUGCUAGCCCUGUUCCUAAUGGUUUCCAAAGUUCAGUUACUCAAUUUACUCAACAGCAACAACAACAACAGAGUCAAGUAGCUCAGCAAGGAUCAGCUUCGGCUUAUUUUAACCCUAUGGCAGCUUUCAUGGCGGCUGCAGCUGCAAUGCAAUAUGCCAAUCCACAAUUAUCAACUGGUAUAGCAGAAAGUCCAUCAAGUCGUUCAACAUCUAUUCCAUUACAAUUGAACACGAUUGUUAGUCAUCCUACAAUCGGUGUUGCUCAUCAGCAUAAUCCACUUACAGGAACUAAUCAUUCAGUACCGAAUGCUUCAGCGUUAGCAUCAUUGGCUGCCGGUUGUCCAGCCACUACUUUACAAAAUAAUACACUUCCUCAAUUAGCUUCAUUGUUCCCUUUGACAGAUGUCGCUCUAUUAUCUCCAGCCGCUUUAGCUGCUCUUACUCAAGUUGGCGCGGGUGCAGUUAAUGGAGGUUUAUUAACUGAAGCUGGAGUUUCCGGUAAUAACGAAUUUAACAAUGCGUUUGGUACUGGUUUAUUAGUUUCUGCUUCACCAUCCACAAUAUCACCGCCGAGUUUCGCCAGCAUAGGUAAUGGUACUACUCAAGGUCAACAACCAGUUUCUAUCUCUUCAUCAACUGGUAGUGUUUUACCAAAUGUUUCUCUUGGUGCAACUGCUAAUAUCUUGGUCUCAUCUCCAGGAAUGGUUACUCCGGUUGCUUCUACACCUCCUACCGUUAGUCCGGCUAUUUUACCGUCACCAAUAACAAAUGAGCCUGUGGGUUUGUAUGCAGCCGCUGUCGCUUUACAGAAUUCAACUGCAGUAGGUCAUACAAAUGCGAACGGAUUACAAUUUCCUCAAUUACAUCCAUCGUUUGCAGCAGCUGCCGCCGCCGCUGCCCAGUCAAUGACACCAUCUCCAGUGAACACUGCACUGAAUUCGUAUUUCACGGAAAAUGCAGCUUUACAAGCCGCGGCGUUAGCUGCCGCUGCAGCCGCGUCUGGUCAGUCGUUUACUAAUGAUCCUAUCGUUCAUCAACUCUAUGCUGGUCUUCAAGCCUACGGGUUAGCUUAUCCUACUGGAGGUGCCGCAUAUACCACUUUUCCUAAUCUACAUCAUCAAGCUUUAUCAAUGCCUGUUCAACAGAAAGAGGGUACCAGGGAACUGAUAUUAACAGGUCCUGAAGGAUGUAAUCUAUUCAUUUAUCACUUACCACAAGAAUUCGGUGAUAAUGAAUUAGCUCAAAUGUUUAUGCCAUUUGGUACAGUGAUCAGCGCUAAAGUUUAUGUUGAUCGAGCUACUAAUCAAAGCAAGUGUUUCGGUUUUGUCAGUUUUGAUAAUCAUACAAGUGCUCAAAAUGCAAUUCAAGCAAUGAAUGGUUUUCAAAUUGGUAUGAAACGAUUGAAAGUACAAUUGAAGCGUCCUAAAGGCGGUAACACUUCAUCAACAUCAUCAUCGUCAAAUACAAAAUCUUCUCGUGAUACUACUACUACUACUACUACCACGCAUACUGGACAAAGACAAGACGGUGAUUUAUCUCUUCCUUCACAGGAUUCUAUAUACUCUGAGGUUCUUGUGCUCUAGAGGGUCUUGUGUAUAAAAGGUUAAGUUUCAGAAAAUAAACCAAAUGAUUAGCACAAUUUCACAUUAUAUCUUAUUUGUUGUAAUCACUGGAACCGAUGAAAGUGUUCCCUUUUUAAGAUUAUUGCAAUCUUUUCCCAAAAAAUAGAUGAGUUAUCGUUGUUUGUCCGACAGUGUCAGUGUUUAGUACUUUCUUUUUGAAAUAUUUUAGCAAAUGUAAAAAGUAACUAGGUGAAAACAUUCAUGUCAAGUUGGUACUGUGUAGUGUAUGCAUGUGUGUGUGUGUGUUUAGUUGUGUACAUCACCAGCUUAUAAUUUGAGCGUUCAAUGCAAUAGAUACACGGAAAUAUUCUACUUAUAACAUGUUCAUCUAUGGAGUGUCGGUUAACCAAUUAAAAUAUCUAACUUCACUUUAUUAAGUUCCAGUCGGAAUGAGCACUGAAAACCUCUCGGUACAAAAACAAUCUAAAUCCUAAUGACAUUCUUAUUAUUACGUAAUAUGUCCUAGUGACAUUCAUUUAUCGUGUUACAUAUGUGUCGUUUCAGUUAGAGAUGAAGAUUUUUCGUUGUUUCUUUCUUUCUUUUAUUAUUGUUGUUAGUCCAUUUUUCAUUUGAUUACUGGUUCAUGAAAAAAAAAACAGUCUUGUGAUCUUCCGUUUUUUGUGUGCUCGUUUUAUUUGAACUUUUCUUAUCUGUCUUGAUUUGGCCCUUAAAUAUCUUCCUUAUGUAAUGCAUAUCUAUGUAUUUAUCUGUUCUCUCGACUGAAUACCAAUAAUGUUGAUGUAUUAUAAUGGGGCUUAUUAUGAUAAGUUCCAAAAUUUUCACCCCUCUGAACUGCUUUGAAAGAUUGACACCAUUAAGAAAACUGUUGAUCCCCUAUCGGUUUAUAAUAUUUUUACCACUAUCAGACGAAAUUGUUCAAUGAUUACCAUUUGUUGAGAGGCUGACGAAACAUUUUCCCGUUCAAAUUUCUGAUAACAGUUUACAAAAUGAAGUUAAUGAGAUUAUCCAGAAGCUAAUUUUCGUCACGCUUUAAUAUCAAUUGAGAGAGGUCGGAAAUUAUUAAAAAAAUAAGAGAUCAGUAGAUGACAGCUAACUGUAUGGAGCUCUUCAACUGUUGUACCUUAAUCAACGAGAAUGUUUUCUUAUUAUUAUUAAUUUAAAAUCCUAUACUUCCAUACUGGAGUAAAACAGCUGUCCAGUACUUCCUAAGUCAUAUUAUAACCUCGAUCAAAUUGUUGAUCAAGAUGUGAAUGACAUCACUCAUAAUCGAUCACAGUGUCACAAAUUCCGUUACCCUAUUUAUCCUUUUCUCUAGUAGUAGUUAUAUUAAACGUCUCACUACCACGUUCCCGUUUUUUGCUUCUCCAUAUUCUUUAGUGUUUCUCAGUAUUACUUUGAGCGAACUUAUCAAAAACUUGUUUUCAUAUUCAUUUUAUCAGUAUCAUCUUAUUGAAGCUAAUUUCGUUAGGUUGCUUUUUAUGCCAUACUCCCCCCCCCCCCGAAGUUGAUUAUAAUAACUAGUUGACUAGGAAAAAAUUUUCAUUCGUUUUUGUAAAUUAUUACCAUAGAAAUGUGAAUAGAAGUAAAAAUAAAUGUAACGUCAUAUUUAUUGAUUUUUUAUAAAAAGAAAAAGAAAUACACUAACAAUAUAAAAGUUUGGACACACCCCUUUUUCUGUUUAUACAGAUUAGGCUUCAUUUAUUGAAAUCAUGCUUAGUUCCAGUUUACGUCAAAUAAGUUCGGUUGAAGACUAAUCUGUUCACCACGUGAACAACUGAUAAAUAUCACAUAGUGUUUAACGAAAAUGUAACAUCCACUUUUAGCUUACAAUCUCUAUAUAUAAACAAUUAAUGCAGAUACUAAUAGACAUGUUUGAUCACGUUUUUAUUCACUGGUUACUACGACUAAUACUGCUUAAAUGUUGCAUGUGUUUACUCCCUGUCUAAACGUUUUUUUCUUUAUUUGUUUGCAUGUCUUUACAUGUCAUUAAAUGAUCAAUUUGAUAAUGACGCUCUGCGUCAUUUCUAUUGGUGAUGGUGAUAAUAAUUUUGUUACUGCUGUGAACAAUGAAUAAAAUGAUUAUGUUUCUAUCAACCAUAAAGCUCACACAAUUGUUUGUUAUAUGAUAAGUGUCAUCUUUUACAAUCAUACUACAACAAAUAUAUUUUGUUGCUUUUUUUUUAUCAUGUUCAUGCUAUAUCUUUGUUUUCGGUGUUCUUUUUUUCCUUGUAGAUAGUCGUAAGCCCUACUGAAACAGUCUCGGUCGCUCCGGUACCUGCUUUAUAAGGUGUAUGUAAUGGAUUGUUCCUCCCUCCUUUUGCUCUCUUCUUCUAUUCCUGAAAAAUCUCAACAACACAGGUUAACUAUAUUUUUGUUGUUAUACUCUCUUCUAAUUGAUACUAUUCAUCUGCCGGCUUCGAUCUUGAAUCGUAUGAUGGUAACUACAUGUGUCAAUCUAUGUUAUGGCUCUAUUCUUUUCAUAUGCUCAAAUUUCUGCUCCUCCUAAAUUAUUUUUGCUAACUUCUGGAGUGCACACAUUUAUCUCUCACUGCGUCGCCCCCUAUUCUUUAGCAUUAUUCUUCACCAUUUAAUCUAUUGUAUGGUCUAUUUUUAUUAUUACUAGGCGGUCAGUUUAAAAAAUGUGUUGAUCUAGAUUCCUCUUUAUUUUUAGUUUCCUGAAAGAGAAUCAAAUUGAAUUUUCUUCUCCGUUUUUCCUUGCUUUGAUGUUGUGUGACUCUGUCUCCCUCUCUCUAUGUGUGUGUCGGGUGUCUCUCCCUACUCAGUUCGAUUAAUCUCUGCAAUACAAUAAAUACAAAUAAACAGAAACAAACAGAAUUUUGAUAGAGAAAAACCCUGAUACAUUCAAUAUGGCAUUGUAGCGAAAUAAGAGCCACUCUCCAUUCACAGUAUACAUUUCAAUGGGUCUUGUUCAUUGACCAUGUACUAUUUUCACUGAUUCAUUUUAAUAAUACACAGAAAUAUUAAUUGAAAGUAUGCGUAACGAAAAAAGAGGGAGAAAAUUGCAUUAUUAUUAUUAUCCCAUCAUUAAGAUGACUGUUAAUCUAUUGUUUUAUGGUAUGCAGCCUCAGUGUUGUUUCUAUGAUUGUUGUCGUCAUAUGAGGAGGUGCUUUUUCUUCUUUCUUGCUUUUUCUCCAUUUUCCACAUUUUUCUUUCUUUUCGUCUUUGAAUAUAUUUUGUUAUAAUGAUUGGUGGUUUGUUUUCUGCUCAUUCCUUCGAUUUUCACUGAGUCAAAAUAGGGAGAGGGAGAAGGAGAUACACACACACACACACACAGGUAUAUGCAUAUUUUUACAUGAUGAAUGAAUUGUCCAUAAAUAACAGAUUUUGCUUAAUUAUCUUUGUUGUAAAUGACCUAUUGUCGUCAUCACUACUGUUGUAGAGUUGUUGUGUUACUUUUGUGCAUUACUGAGUAUUUUUUUGUUUGUUUGUUUGUUGAUAAAACACCUUUUUUUUCCAUAUGGCAUAUCGUUUCAUUAUGAUUGAAUAUUUUUUCAAGAGAAAAAACAAACAAACAAUUUAAACAUUCCGCUUACUGUGGUUAUUUGUCUCUCUCGACGAUUUGGUUCUCUCUCUCUCUCUCUCUCUCUCUCUUCAACGAUCGAUGUUGCAUUCGUUUAUAUUUGUGUUCGUCACGAGUUCCAUUUGCAUUUUUAACAUUUUCCAUCUAUAUUAUCGCUAAUAAUGUUGUGUAUGAGCUCUGGCACGUUCAUUGAAUAUAAUCACAAUUAGCAAUUCUAUUUCAUAUAGAGUACGUUUAUAAUUGAUAGUAUCCAUUUUGGUUACUUAUCCAUCCAUUAAUCAUUAUUCUUAUCUACUUAAAUGAUCUAUUUUAAUGAUGAAUAAAUAGCAAGUUGAUUAUCAUUAGUAUCAUUGCAAAAAGAAGAAAAACAGAGAACAUACACAACAAAUGAAGAAACUAGAUUGUUUUCGACGAUUUUUCUCCUUUUCUUUUUUGAUGACCAAUUAUUUACCUCCAUUAUAUUAUAUACAUUAUUCUUUCAAUAUAUUUUUUAAAAACAUAAUUUUCAUCCAUUUGUCUUGGCUACAUACAUUCCUUUAGUUCAAUUAUAGAAAUGGAACACAUUUUGUGAGAUGAUUUUUUUGUUGUUGUUGUUGAUACUCAUGUGUAACGCUUUCUACACAUCGACUACGAUUGUUACAAUAACGGUAGAGGAGAAAUAAAAGAAGGUUAUUUACAAGCUGAAGUCCUACUGUUGUUGUUGGUGGUGAUGAUGAUGAUGAUGAUGACGGUGUUUCUAUAUUGUUGGUAAAAACCAUAGACAUAUUUCUCUUAUUUUUCUAUACCAUUAUAUACUACUGAUAAGCAAAUUGUUGUUGUUUUCCUUCACACACUCUUCAUGUUUUACUAUCCACAUACCCUUAUCCUUUCAUUCACAUGGUUAUCUGAUCCACACACUUCAAAAUACACAGAGACAAACUUAGAGAAAAUCUUAAUUUCACUCCCAAAGAAAGUAGACGAGACAUUAUGAUAUACAGCGCAAUACAACAUAACAGACAAGUGAGAGCUUCAGAGGAACUAAGCAAAAUGAAUGCAUUUAAAUUUAUUUUUGUGCUGUAAUUUACUAGGGUUUUUUUGUUGUUACCGAUGAUUAUGUUGAUGAGACCGCAUGAUUUACACCUAUACCUCUUUACUUCUCUUCUGAUGAAUAUAUAUAAAUGCGAUUGUGCUGUUUUCCUGUAUGCGUAUAACUGAGUAUGUGGUUGAGAUUUUAAAGUGUGUGUGUGUGUGUGUGUGUGGAAUGAUCGGAUAUACGUUGAACAGUAAUAUACUGGUCAAUAAUGAUAUUAGAUUUACCGGUUUCUUUUUCAUAGAUAUGUCUUCAUAAUCCGUCUAUUCAACCCGCAAAUCGAUAAAUAAAUAAUUAAAUGGGUGUGGAUACACUAUGAUAUAUGCAGAAAUAAGAUUGUUCUUUACAUAUACACACAGUGGUAUUUCGUUUUCAGUUUUGGAGAAAAUACACACCACUACUGUCUCCGUUUCUUGUUUCCCCAUCUUAGGCGUUUUUUUAUUAUUAUUAUUAUUACAUAUUAGUCAGUUUUGCUCUCCCUAUCCGAUUCGAUCAUUUUUACUACCAUGAUGAAUCUAUAGUGUAUAAUGUUAUAUGCCUCUCAUUUUUACAAUUUCUAUGAUUCUUAUGUUGAACACACUUUAAAAGAAAUACACAUGAAUACAAUUUUCCAAUACAUCACUUACAAGCAAACUGUACGUGAUAAUGUUAAUUAUAAUACUAACACUAUUAUGACUAUUAAUGAUGAUGAUGAUAAUAAUACUAAUAAUUCUUUACAAU